CAACUUUGUUUUUAUUAAUUAGGGAUGGGUUAUGGGCCAGCUUGGACCUUCCUUAUUGGAUCUUCAGGAAAUAACGGACAGUACUUUAGAAGAAGCUUCUUUGUUUGUAACAGCAACUUUCAUUGGUUAUCUAUGUGGUGCAUUGAUAAGUGGUGGAAUAUUCGAACGAAUGAAUGCAUUUUUGAUCAUUUUAAUAAGCCUUUUACUAAUGGCAUCUACAACAGCUGCAAUACCUUUUUGUGUAAUGUAUGAAGUAAUGGUAUUAAUGCACGUUUUUAAAGGAAUAGGAGCUGGUUUAUUGGAUGCAGCUGGAAAUUCUGUGUUUAUUCUGAAGUUCCGAGAAGAUAAAUCUGCCCGAUCGUAUAUGCAAACUCUACAUUUCACUUUUGCAGUAGGUGGGAUUCUAUCACCAAUUACUACCGCCCCAUUUCUUCUUCCGACGCCAUUAUCUGAAAACAAUGUAACACAGUGGCCAUCAGCAACUAAAUCAUAUGAAUCAACGUUUUCCAAUGCUGGAAUGUCUGGUAUAUUUACAACAAACAGUAACGGACUAAAUUUUACUACUUCGACUGUUGGCGUUAAAAAUGCUAACCAUUACAAAUCAGAUAUUGGAGAAGGACGAGAGUCAAUUCUUUACCAAGCUUACCUGAUAUCAACAGGCUUGUGUCUGUUAGCAGCAAUUCCCUUUUUAUGUUUAUGUUGGCAAAGCAGAUCAGAAUCUCGUACGAAUAUCAAGAACUCGGAUGGAAAGCAAAAUAGACACAGAAAACUACCUCUACCAUUUAAAUUACUCAUACUCGUUUUAAUGAGUUUAUUUAUAGGAAUAGACAAUGGACUUGAAGACACGUAUUUUGGGUUUUUUACAGCUUUUACCGUCAAUCAGUUCCGAUGGACAAAGCAAACAGGCUCAUAUCUUGUCUCUGUUUACUGGGCGGCGUAUGCAUUUGGACGCUUUACUGCAAUUUUCAUUGUACCACAUUUUAAGCCAUCAACAUUGUUACGAAUUUAUAUCAAUAUCGUAUUGAUAGCUACAAUCGGAAUAUUUCUUUCUACAAUGUUUGAAUUUCCUGCUGGAAUUUGGAUAUUUUCACCAGCAGUGGGAUUUUCAAUAUCGGUGUUCUUUCCAUCGAUACUUCUAUGGACAGAAGAGGACUUUGUUCCUGUUACUGGGAAAGUAGCCUCUCUUCUAAUGUUUUCUGCUUCACUUGGAUCGAUGAUUAAUCCGAUAAUGAUAGGGUACUUAAUGGAUAACCUUUCUCCCGAAUGGUUUAUUUAUAUAACGUUGGGUCAAACUUUUGUCUUGCUUGUUUUAACUUGGACUGUAACAGUUGUGUCCAGACAAUCAAAUAAAUAUUCAUUUGAUAACGAAAUUCAAAAAAGCGUUGAAAUCAAAGAAAGAAGAAAAUAAUGGUUUCCUGACUUUAUUGGUGAAAAUCGACAAUUUUACAUGUGCUUUCAAAUAAAAGUGUUAGUUUUAA